UUACUUUACUUGGCUUCUUCUUUCCCUCUUAACCUCCAUUGAUGAGUUUCUUCUUCUUCUUCUUCUUCUUCUUCAAAUCUUCAAAUCUUCAAUCAACUUCAAGUCGUCUCAUCCUUCUUCUUCCUGAUCCUAUCGUUACUACCAUUAUCCAGGUACAUUGGAUUUACUCUUGUGAUCGUCAGCCCUAGUUUCAAGCCAUGGUUAUAGGACACAAGAGCAAAAACCGAAGAAGUUCUACCGUGAACGUUGAGUAUUUGUUCCGUAUUCAUGAGAUCAAGCCAUGGCCUCCGUCUCAGUCACUAAGGAACCUUCGUUCCGUUUUAAUCCAGUGGGAACAUGGUGAGCGUCAUUCAGGUGUUACCAACGCAGUUGUUCCUUCUCUAAGUGAUGGGAGAAUCGAAUUCUCAGAGUCUUUUAGGGUUUCAACAACAUUACAAAGAGAUAUGUCUGUUAAAUCUGGAGAAAUCGAUACUUUUCUCAAGAACUGUUUGGAAUUCAAUUUGUAUGAACCGCGGAGGGAUAAGAUAGUGAAGGGGCAGAUGUUAGCGACUGCCGUACUUGAUUUGGCGGAAUAUGGUGUUAUUAAAGAAGGAGUAAACAUUAGUAUUCCAAUGAAAUGUACUAGGAGCUUCAGAAAUACUCAGCCGUCUCUAUUCAUUAGUAUUCACGCAGUUGAAAAAGGGGGCUCAUCUUCUUCAGGGGAUAUCCUUGCUAAACAAGCAUCAAUGGAAAGGAAAAAUGGUGAAUCUGUUUCUGCUUUGAUGAAUGAUGAAUACGCUGAAGAAGCUGAAACUGCAUCGUCGUUCACUGAUGACGAUGUUUCCUCUCAGUCAUCUUUGGCUACAUCUUCUAUCCCUUUUGAUACUAAUUCUUUGCCUGUUUAUAGUAAGAAUGGAUCACAAAUAGGGAAGGAUGCUGUAAAAUCUGCACUAUCAUUCACAGAACUGUCGGAAAGCUUCCAGAAUGGUCAUGGUAGUUUGUCUGUUGAUUAUGAAGAUAAAGGAGAAGACCUAAGCACAACAAAUGGCGGUGUUUAUGAAAAGGACAUUACUGAAGGAGGUAAAGUUACAAUUGAUGUGCCUGAAAGAACUAAGAAAUUGAAUUUGACAAAUUCAAGUACAGACGAUGACUUGGAUUUUUCAGAAGAACCCGUUGAUGAAAUUUCAAGAGAUGAACACGAAGAGCCAUCAAAUGGUGACAGUACUACUGAGAUGAAGAGCCAUGUCAAGUCUGUUCGAUCAUCCUUGGACAUCGGUAGGAGCAAUGGUUCAGUCAGGAAUAAUAAGUUCACUGAUGCAAAAUACAGUUUAAGUAAUGACAGAAAGGAUGUUAAGACUUACUUGAAGGAAGCAAGGAACGGACCUUCUAAUGGCAAGAUCCAGCAUAUGGAAUCCAGAAUAAAGAUGCUUGAAGGAGAAUUAAAAGAAGCUGCUGUUCUUGAGGUGAGUCUUUACUCGGUUGUUGCAGAGCACGGAAGUUCCAUGAAUAAGGUCCAUGCCCCUGCUCGGCGACUUUCUAGAUACUAUUUUCAUGCUUGCAAAGAGAGUUCUCCAUCUGUGGGAGGAAGUGCUGCUAAAAGUGCUGUUUCGGGAUUGGUUGUUGUUGCUAAAGCAUGUGGAAAUGAUGUCUCGAGGUUGACAUUUUGGCUGUCAAACUCUAUAGUGUUGAGGGCAAUUGUUACUCAUGCUUUGAUCGAAAAGCGUUCACCAUUGUCUAUUCAAAGAUCUGGCUGUGAGAUUGGAAAUCAUAAGAAGCUAUCACCACGUAAAAAGAAAGAGCCUUUUCCAAGCAAUGAAAUUAGAACUUCUUUAAUAACGGAAAGCUUCGAGGACUGGGAUGACCCUCGCACAUUCAUAUCAGCGUUGGAAAAGAUCGAAUCGUGGAUAUUCUCCCGAAUCAUUGAAUCUAUUUGGUGGCAGACUCUAACACCCCAUAUGCAGCCUGCUGCUGUUAAAGUUGCAAAUACAAUUCCGGUUUCCGAUAAGAAAAAGACAUUUGGAAGGAAUUCCAAAUCAGGAGAUGAACAGCAGCAGAUUAACUUUUCAUUAGAACUCUGGAAGAAGGCUUUCAAGGAUGCUUGUGACAGGCUAUGUCCUCUCCGAGCAGGAGGCCAUGAGUGUGGCUGCUUACCUGUGCUUGGUAAACUUAUUAUGGAGCAAUGCAUAGCCAGAUUGGAUGUUGCAAUGUUCAAUGCUAUUCUCCGCGAAUCUGAUGAUGAGCUUCCAACAGAUCCUAUCUCGGACCCAAUAACUGAUACCACUGUUCUCCCUAUACCAUCGGGAAAGGCUAGCUUCGGUGCUGGUGCACAACUGAAAAAUGGGAUAGGCAACUGGUCUAGAUGGCUCAGCAAUUUGUUUGGGAUUGAUGAAGAUGAGGAGCAACUGAAGGACCAGUAUUCAGAUGAUGAAGAUGAAAAAGAUGCAUCUCUAAAACCUUUUCAUCUUCUGAAUGCACUGAGUGACCUGAUGAUGCUUCCAAAAGACAUGCUCUUAAGCAGGUCAAUCAGAAAAGAGGUAUGUCCUACAUUUGGUGCACCAUUGAUCAAAAGGGUCCUUAGCAAUUUCGUCCCUGACGAGUUUUGCCCCGAUCCAAUCCCUGAAGUUGUGUUUGAGGCUCUUGAUAACGAGGAUCCAGAAGACGAGGAGGAGAUUGGAGAGGAUUCAAUAACAAAUUUUCCGUGCUCAGCAAGUCCUAUAAUGUAUCUACCGCCUUCUUCAUCUUCCAUUGGUGGUAUUAUAGGGAUAACCGGAAGAAGCAAAUCGAUGUUACUUAGAAGUGGGUCAUCGUUGAUGAGGAAAUCGUAUACCAGUGAUGAUGAGCUCGAUGAAUUGCAUUCUCCCUUGAAUGUGAUCAUAGAUAGCCCUCGGUCUUCUCCUUCUCCUUCUCCCCUUCAUGGUAAAUCUGGCUGGGAAAUGAGGCAAGAAAAUGGCAGUUCUGGCUAUACAAGGUAUGAACUGCUGCGGGAGGUUUGGACCCUUGGCAAAUAAUAAUAAUAAUAAUAAAUUGAGUUUGUUUUUUUGGCAAUAUUAUUGUGACAUUAAUAAUUUUAUGUAGUUGUGAAAUAUGUAUAUAGUUGGCUAUCUAUCACGUAGACAAACUUAUCCAACUUUUACUGAAUGCUCAUAUUUUAUUUUAUUUUAUUUUAUUUUGUAUGUAAAACUGAUGGAUCAAUCAGCUGUUUUAGUUACCAUAUAUAUAUAUGAUAAAGAACCAUUUUGUUUGUA